GCCUCCUGAACCGUUCUGCAGGCGAGCGUAGCUGAGCAGUGAUCUUCAUGUCAUGUCCCACCUUCUCUCACCCAAGAUGAAGGAGGAAGUGACAUACACAGAACUGAGCUUCCAUAAGACAGAUGAUGUGGAGAAGGUACUGCAGAUGGAUUUGACUGAAAAACCAGAACAACCUGCUCCCCGGUCUUUGAGGAGUCGUGUUCCCCUGGGUCAGCUGCCAAUGUGUCUGCUGCUGCUGCUGCUGCUGAGCGGAUUGAUAGUCCUGGGGAUCCUUUUUUCCCAGGAGCAGGCUGAGAGGAAAAGCCUCCACUCGAGGAACACAAAUCUCACCCAGAGUCUUCAGCGCAUGACCACCGAGUUAUGUCGCCAACUUGUCGCCGGAAACAAAGAAUCAAACUGUUUCCCCUGUCAAAAGAGAUGGCAAUGGUUUGGAGCCAGCUGUUAUAGAAAAUUUGAGAAGUGGGUUACCUGGUCAGAAGGAAAGAAGCUUUGUCACAGUAAGAACUCCACGCUGGUGAAGAUAGACAGCCAGGAAGAGCUGAACUUCAUAUCACAAUAUAACCAUGUGUGGCUGGGAAUGUCAUUCAACACGUCCAGAAGGAGCUGGCUGUGGGAGGAUGGCUCAGCUCUCCGCGAUGGCCUGAUCCAGAAUAUGGAAUCACCUUCAGACUACAGGACAAAUUACUGUGCUUCUCAAACUUCCUAUGUUUCCUAUAAAUCGUGCCUUGAAAGCAGUUAUAUUUUAUGUGAGAUGGUAGCAGGUCCAGUGAGAGCUGAAUCAUUGUAUUGAUCCUCCCAAGAGCUGGGGAUCAGUGACACGGGUGGCUCAGCACGGCUAUAAAGUUCACUCUGAAUUGAUGACUCAAGGAUCAUGGUGCUGGACUAAAGGGAAGGGAUCCUCACUGGAGAAUGGCAGUGAGCAAAUGAAUGAGACUUCAGCUCCCUUCUCAGGAAGACCACGCUCACGCACCUUCACUUCUAACAUAAUUUACAUAGACAUUUCCCCUGACCCUUUCGCUGGCUCCGAUUGGAUCGUCUUUCAACUGCGACACUAUAAUUGAUAUAAACGUGCAAUAAAAACUGGAUUAAAUAAAUGAGAGAAUUUGCAACUAUUGAGUUAAAUCACCACAACACAGUGGUUGUGCAAAGUCACCACAUCCUGGCUCAUCGAUGUGAAAUGGAAUCAAUGCAUCAACAGCACGUACUGAGUGUGUACUCUGCGCAGGACACUGUACUAAGCUCUUGGGAGAA